AUGGAUCUUGUUAGUAAACCCAGAAGCAAGUCCGUCGUGUGGAUGUAUUUCGGCUUAAAGGCGGACGAAAAGGGACGACCUUUGAACUCCGGCGAGGCGGUUUGUCGCCUGUGCCGAAAAAUAGUGCUGGCAAAAGGUGGAAACACCACAAAUUUAAGAAGCCACCUGAGACGGCGACACCGAGCUGAUUUCUUUGAGACCACUUCUUCCACGACCUCCGGAUCUUUGUUUGACGCCCAAGGUUUGGAUCUCAACCAUGAAGAAUUUUUUGAGGACGUUCCCUUCCUCCAGCCUCCUUCCAACCAGAACUAUGUCCCGGAUGCGGUGCUGCCACCCGGAGAGCCGUGGCUCCACGGCGGCCCCUCCCGGGCGGUGCUCUCUCUGCCUUCCUGCCUGUGUCUGUGUGGGGACCUCGGGUCGGGUCUACCUGCUCCCGGAUCUUCAGGCGAGGAGCAGAUGGGGGAGAUGAAGGUGUACGCCAAGUGCCACCUUCAGCAGGGUGUCAUGUUUGGACCCUUUGUCGGAGAAGUGUGCAAGGGCCAGAUGCCAGCCAACCUCAAAUAUGCCUGGGCUAUCAGAGACGAUGCUGCGUUCAUCUACGUGGACUCUUCUGAUGAAAACCGAUCUAACUGGAUGAGGUAUGUCAGAUACACCAGCAGUGAAGACGAGCACAACCUGGACGUUUUCCAGUUUUACCGCCGUAUCUACUACAGGGUUUCCCAGCCCAUCUCUGAGGGAGCAGAGCUCAGGGUGUGGAUCGGCAAGGAUUAUGCCACCCUUCUGGGUCUGGGGAUGGGUGACAACGUGAAAUGUGAAGUUGGAGACAAGGAGACAGCUCUGCGCCUGCUACAGGAUAUUCAGUUGGUCACCCUUCCAGAGCCAAGCAGCACUUCCUUUUGGUCAGACCACAGCCAAUCACAGAGCCCCAUGCCUGUCAUCAGCGACGUGACGACAGUGUCGAACCCGGAUACUGUCAGCGACCCAGCCAGCUUGAUCACCGGCUCUGCCUUCGUCUCCACCUCUGUCAUCUCCUUCCCGUCUCCUCAUCCAGUGGAAAAGUACGAUUUCCUGCCUGGAACUGAGAAGCUGCUGAGCAACCCCAACGCCACGCAGAACAGCCCGUGGUACUUCUUCGGGCUCGAGCCGGACCCGACCGGUCGGCCUCUGGACCGAAGCGCCGCUGUGUGCAAGCUGUGCAUGGAGCAUGUGAGCUGCGCCGGAGGAGCGACGGAUCUCCAAAACCACCUGACCAGCAAACACCACAUCAGGCCGAGAGACGGGAACAAGGACCGGAGCCUCACAAUAGGUCAACAACGCUCUCAGCCACUCACAGUUUCCAGCGGUCUCGUCAGCACUCUCCCCUUGGUGCUGUCCACUCAAGUGACCGACGCGAUCGCCAACUUUCUCAUCGUGGACCUCCAGCCGCCAUCUCUCGUGGAAGGCGAAGGCUUCAGGAAGCUGAUUCACGCGCUCCUGCCCACCUACAAGAUGCUGCCGUUGUCUUGUGAGCUGGAGAGCCUCCUGAGAGAGCACCACGCCCGAGGCAAAGCGAGCCUGGCUCAGCUGCUCAGGAGGAACACUGAGAGCGGAGAGAGCGAGGAGGUUGUUGACUACACUGCUCCCAUUGAGUUUGAGCACAGGAGACGUGGGCGAGCUUCCGGCAGUCAGAAGGAAGUUCCUCACUUUGUGACGUUAAGCGUAGAGGUUUGGCUCCACGGCUGGCAGGGAAACGCCGAGCGGUACCUCACGCUCUGGGCGCACUACAUAGACAGUAGCUUCAGUUUUCAGAACGUGGCCCUGGCUACCCAGCGGAUGACGGAGAGUACGUUUGACGAGCACAGCCUUCGAGCGGUGGAGGCCCAGGUGAAGGUGAUGGCGCACGAGUGGGGAAUCUCCCAGCCUUAUCUAGUCUUGGUGGGAGGAGAGGCGAGGAACAAGACUAUAAUGCGACCAAUAAAGAGCAAGAAGGGGGUGGAGGCUGCGGGAGGCGCCCCCCACCCUAACUCGACGACAUUUCUAGAGAGGGACGACUCGGUGUCGCCCGAGGAGCCGGAGCAUGCUCACGCUAAUGAAGGACUCCCAUCUGUCCCGUGUUUCUUCAGCGCUGUGCAGGAAUGUGUGGAGGAAGUGAUGUCAUACUCCAUCAUCUCCAAAACUCUCAACCACUUCCAGAGUUUCCUCUCCACCCUGUUCCUGCCACCUGCUCAGAAUAAAGGCUCAUACCAGCAUCAUGCCCAGGCCCUCCUGAAGGGUCUUUCAAAGCAGGAGCAGGCCAGACUUUUCUCGUGGGCGCACAGCCAGCCGACCUGGAAUAACCUUUACCCUUUACUGAGCAUGCUCAUCAAACAUAAAAGCGUUCUUUGCGUUAUGAUUAAAGAAAUUAAAGGUGAGGGCUCGUCCAGAGAAGAUAUUGCUUCAGAGUCCAGUUCAAGCAGCAGCGGCCACGCCAACUCCACCUCCAGCACAUCCUCCACAGGUGUAGCAUCUUGGCGUUCUGAAUGGAAGGUUCUGGAGGAGCUCUGUUCAGUCCUCAAACCUCUGGAUGUGGCGUGCCGGACUCUCGCCAAGGAGGCGUUCCCCCGCCUGUCUCUCGUCAAACCCAUCCUCACCGGCUUGCUCUCACGCCACCUCGUGUCCCGGCCGUGCGAUUCGUCGUCCAUCUUGAAGGAGGUAAAGAGGAUGAUGAGGCGGAACCUGGCGCGCUGUUAUGACAGCCCUGCUGUGAACAGGGUCCUGAGUGUGGCGUGCUCCCUCGACCCUCAGUUCCACGGGCUGGGCUUCAUGGAGGAGAAGGAGCAGAUGGACACUUUUGAUUGGCUGAAGAAAGAGGCUGUGAGGAUUGUGAAGGAGGACACGAGGAGGAGUCAAGGUAAGAAGCAAGGCGAGAGGAAAAGAAGCUCCUCCCCCGGCUCGUCAGAGUCAGAGACUGACUUCCUGCGGAGGAGCAAACGCCUCAAAGAGUCCCGCCCCAUCAACUUCAGAGAGAUUGAUGAUGAAGACGAAGAGAGCGACGCAGAGGAGACCGAAGACAGCGAGCCGGCAGACCCGGGCUCUCAGGGCGGGCUUUCGGGAAUGGAGUUCCUGCUGGGAGACCUGUUCUGCUCCGCCCCCAGGAGCAGACAGAGCUCUGUGGAGGAGUCCGUUGAUAUGGAGAUGUCCGUCUUCAGGGCCGACAAGGGUGCCUCGCUGGGCGUGGAGCCCCUGCAGUGGUGGAGGACGAAGGCGGUGCAGUUUCCUCUGCUGGCCACAGUGGCACGGGCAUACCUGGCUGCCCCCGCAGUCGUGGGAAACGCUGCACAGGAUUUCCUGGAGGACGGAGCAGGAGCCACCUACACAAAGAGAUCCAGUAUUUCUCCAGAAAGUUUGGAUGCGAUCCUGUUUCUGCAUCACAACCACAUGCUCAGUGCCCAGAACGGGCCAACAGCAGCUCGGAGUGACGACAAGAUCCAAUAACCAUGGGAACAUCGCAGGCUUUACAUUCCCAGCUGCACGCAUACAAACUUCACUGAGAAACAGAAACCAAAGCACUAACACAGCAUUUUAAAAACACAGGAUCAGCAGUUUGGAUGCAGCGCACACACAAAGGUGUGCACAUUACAAAGAGUUUUUAUUUUCCAGCGUGUGCGGCUGAAACAUCCGUCUACCAUCAGACCUUUCCCGGACUGGAAGCUUCACACAUCUCUGUCCAAGCAGCAGAUUGAAGGCGGCUCCCGUUAGCCUCAUUUACAGGCUCAUCAUUUUAUUUUGUGAGUCUGCUUAAGCAGGUUUACAUGCUUUAAUGUUCCCGGCGCAUCAUUUGGCUGCAGUGAUGUUUUACAGCACCGUAUUUCACUGAAGGCCACAAAAAGGAGAUCAUCUCGACCCCCUUCUGUCACAAAUAUGAUCAUCCUGCUAAAAUUAAAAUACAACAGGCCCCCAUUCAUUCUAAACUCUUUCAGCCGAGUGCAUCAAAGAGCUUUUUGAAUAUUUUACAUGGACAUGUAAAACUAGUACGAUGGAACGUGUUUGCACUGUUUUCCUCCUGAUUUAAACUCUGUGGUGUCUGUAAAGCAGCUUGUAGCAGCCGGUGCCUUACCUCAUUCAGUGCUGACAGUAGAUUAAGAGCAUAUUAACCCUCAUUGUUUACAAAUAAAAACAUAUAUAUUACCAUUUGAGCGGUUCAUAUAUUACUGUCAUUGUGAGUCGUAUA